AUGGACGACUAUGGGGAUCAGGUAGAGGAGUCUCUGGUAGAGCUACGAGACAAUUAUGUCAAGCCAGGUCUUCGUGGAACUUUCCAGUCGAAAUAUGUCGUCCUUUGUGCCUUCGUUGUUAGGCUCGGCGGUUUCCUAUUCGGUUAUGACCAGGGAGUCGUGUCUGUCAUCCUUGUCAUGGAUCAGUUCCUCGAACAAUUUCCUCGAGUCUCAGAGACCGCCAGUGGAGCUGGCUUUUGGAAAGGAUUCAUGACGGCCAUGAUUGAGCUUGGAGCACUUAUUGGGGCGUUCAACCAAGGCUGGGUGGCCGAGAAGAUAUCCCGAAAAUACUCGAUUUGUGUGGCUGUUUGCAUUUUUGUGGUCGGUUCAAUCUUGCAGACGGCCGCACAGGACUAUGCAAUAUUGAUUGUUGGCCGUCUCAUCGGUGGCAUUGGUGUCGGGAUGCUGAGUAUGGUGGUCCCUAUGUAUAUCGCGGAAGUGUCGCCACCAGAGAUCAGAGGAACUUUGCUUGUCCUCGAGGAGUUUUCCAUCGUUUUCGGUAUCAUCUGUGCCUAUUGGUUGACUUUUGGCACGCGUUAUAUCGGCAGUGAAUGGUCAUUCCGACUUCCUUUCCUUCUGCAGAUCAUACCCGCUGUACUUCUGGGCAUCGCUGUCCUCUUCAUCCCCUUUUCACCCAGGUGGCUUGCGUCAAAGGGGCGCGACCAAGAAGCCCUGGCCGCUCUGGUCAAACUCCGCGGAGUCCCAGCAGACGAUCCACGAAUUCAAGCCGAAUGGUUGGAUAUUCGUGCUGAAGUUGCAUUUCACAAGGAGGUUGCUAAAGAGAAGCACCCCAAUCUCGGCAUCGUGGAUCGUCAGUCUCGUUGGGAUGCUGUCAAACUGGAACUUGCCGCUUAUGCUGAUUGUUUCAAACAAGGGUACUGGCGCCGCACUAUGGUCGGCGUUGGUCUGAUGUUCUUCCAGCAGUUUGUUGGCAUCAAUGCCCUGAUCUAUUACUCACCCAGCUUGUUUGAGAGCAUGAAUGUCGAUUACAACAUGCGGCUUGUUCUCUCGGGUAUACUGAAUGUCACGCAGCUUGUUGGAGUUUCGACAUCUCUGUACACCAUGGAUCGCUUCGGACGGCGGCCGCUUCUGCUGUUGGGCAGUGUCAUCAUGACCAUUUCCCAUGUCAUCAUUGCGGUCCUCGUGGGUUUAUACUUUGAAAGCUGGGAUGAUCAUAAAGACAAAGGUUGGGUGGCCGUUGCUUUCCUUUUCCUCUAUAUGUUGGCCUUUGGCAUGACAUGGGGACCUGUGCCGUGGGCUAUGCCAUCCGAAAUCUUCCCAAGUUUCCUGCGAGCGAAAGGUGUGGCAUGGAGCACCUGCAGCAACUGGCUCAAUAACUUCAUCAUCGGCCUGAUCACACCACCUCUGAUCCAAAAUACUCAGGGAUUCGGAGCGUACACAUUCUUCGCGGUCUUUUGCGCCCUGAGUGGGAUAUGGACUUGGUUCUGUGUGCCAGAAACAAAAGGGCGCAGCCUUGAGGAUAUGGACCGGGUGUUUGGAGAUAGAGCUGCGGCGGCAGAUAAAGCCCGAAGGAAGGAAAUCAUCAAUGAGCUCAAGCAAGUCGAUGGUCAAAUGAAGCAGGAAGAAAUAAAGACAGCAUAA